UUUGGAUCCAGUCCUCUGCAUACAACAAUCUCUGUACUUGUGGAUGGGAAGGAAGCUUCUGCUUUGGUAGAUAUUCUUCAGAAAAAUGCAAACUACCAUCCCAAGUGCUCUGCACAUGGACAGACCACACAUGACCUCCUGGUUUCCAGGACGGCUGCAGUGUCCCUGGAGCAGGAAGUUCUCCGUGGCAUCUGAAGAGAAGUAUCCCCAGAUGGAAAAAGAUUUUGAUCUUGAUACAUUGGGAAGAGAGGAAUACAAGGACCCCCAGGAGGACCUGGACAGUGAGGACCAGGAGAAAAGAGGUAUCAGGAGCUCAGUGGUGAAGUAGGACUUCCUUCCUGGAGCGGACAAACUGGUCCUGGAAGACCUCCAGGAACUGCAGGCUACAAAGGGCAACUGGGUCCCAGGAUGACAUGGAACUGGGAGUGGCAGCCAAGGAGAAGAUCCCAUAAGGACAAGGUUUCUGUGGCAUCCAGGUUCAGGACGCCAUUGUGUCCCAGGAGCAACAGGCUGCAGAGGACAGGAGAGGUGGCAGAUGACCCUCCUUCUCUGCGACUGCGGCUGCGUCCCUGCUGCCGGCUGUGAGGUCUGGCUGCUCUCUGCCUGCCUGUGCUGAGCCCUGCCCUCCCGCGCCAACCGCCCCGGAGUUACAUGCUUCAUGCUGCCAACAUGAGGAGCUCACCGGGCUCCGUCUCGGCGUUUGUGAUGCUGGUUGUUACUGCUGUGCACGCGGGAGUGAAGGUGACCCCAGCUGUGAAGUACACGAAGCCGAAGCCCUUACAGCUGGUGGGCAAUGGUGCCUCCCACCCGCCCCUCACCCCUGUCGUGGGGAAAAGCUCAUUCCCAGCAGCAGCGGGCAGAGCCGACUUACCCACCCUGAGCCCCAUGGCCCGAGGGGCCACCACGCUCUUCCCCUUUGAGAACUACACACUCGAUGCAGCCGAUUUCUUCUUCAACUGCUGUGACUGCUGCCCACCUGUCGCGGGGCCCCGGGGGAAGCCAGGAGAGCAGGGACCCCCAGGUCCCAAGGGGGAAAAGGGAGAUGCUGGUCUGCAAGGUCUGCAGGGAGCCCCAGGUCCUCAAGGUCCAAAAGGUUCUAAAGGAGAAAGAGGAGGCAAAGGGGAGCAAGGCGAGCGAGGAGUAAGUGGAAACCCCGGUUAUCCAGGCAAACCUGGGCUGCAAGGUGAAGCUGGAGUAAAAGGCAAUAAGGGCAACUACGGCUUCCCUGGACUGAAGGGACAAAAGGGGUCCAAAGGGGACACUUGUGAGAAUGGGACCAAAGGAGACAAGGGAGAUAGGGGGGAUGCUGGAGACCCGGGAGUGGAUGGAGAACAGGGGGACAAAGGGGAAAAGGGAGACACAGGGCAGAAGGGGUACUGUGGGGAGCCAGGGGGAAAAGGUGCGAAAGGAGAAAGAGGGGAAGGGGGGGCAAAGGGAGAAAAAGGGAGCAAGGGGGAGAUGGGGGUUGAGGGUGUUCAGGGAGUGGAUGGGAAACAGGGAGAAAAGGGCGAGCAAGGCACUAAGGGUGAAAAAGGGGACCUGGGACCCGCUGGUUUGAUGGGACCUUCUGGGCCCAAGGGGAUUGCCGGCAGCAAGGGGGGCCGAGGGGCCCCGGGAAAGAAAGGCUCCCGUGGGGCAAAGGGUGCCCGAGGGGACACUGCAAAGCUCCUGCGAUCAGCAUUCAGCGCCGGCCUGUCCAAGCCCUUCCCUCCACCCAACGUCCCCAUUAGAUUUGAUAAGAUCUUGUACAAUGACCAGGAAGAUUACAACCCUUCCACGGGGAAAUUCAACUGCAGCGUGCCUGGGGCGUACGUCUUCGCCUACCACCUGACGGUGAGAGGGCGCCCAGCCCGCGUCAGCCUCGUCGCCCGCAGCAGGAAGGUGGCCAAAGCCCGUGAGACGCUCUAUGGCCAGGAGAUCGACCAGGCAUCCUUUCUGACCGUCCUGAAGCUGAGUGCGGGCGACCAGGUGUGGCUGGAGGUGGCGCGGGACUGGAACGGGGUCUAUGUCAGCGCUGAGGACGACAGUGUCUUUACAGGCUUUCUUCUGUAUCCAGAUGUUUUUGAGAUCCUGCUAUAGGUUUAAAGGGCAAAGAUGGUACUGAGAAACAUGCCUUUCCCUCUGCCUGAGGGAGCAGAAAUGAGCAUCAGUUUAGCAUCGUUUGGUUAGUUGCUAGGUUUUGUGAUCUUUUAACAAAAAUAUUUAUAUUUGCAGUAUGUGGAUUAGUUUUAUCUAGCAGCCCCAAGAUGCAGCAUGUCCUUUGCACAGGUGGGUGAUAGCUAAGAGAAACCAUCGUCCAAAUGCAGGACCAGCAUGGGUAGGGGAUUUCACAUCACAGAUGUCAGGUUUGUAAUUAGCCUAUUCAAAUUAUGUAAUGAAACUCAUUGUCCAACUGCAAUUUUAACGCAACCAGUUCCUGCAAUCCUUGCGUGGUCAAAACUCCUCUGGAAAUCAGUACUGAUAACCAUUGGUUUUUGGGAGAGAUUGCAGAGUUUGAUUUAUAGAGCUUAAUCAGACAGGAACAUGAACAGUAGGUUUCUUGAAAUCACAUGAAAAGAUUUAAAGUUACUUUAUCGUUGAAUCAGUAUUAUGUAGUACUUUAGACUUGGUCAUGAAUUAUAUAAAGGUUUGUCUAAGAGUAUUAGAGCUAUUUGAUAAGUGUAAAAAAAACCUUUAUUGUCCUUAGGCAAAAAUAUAUCUUGCAACUUUCUAAAGUAACUGUGAGAUGCAAAUCCACUUUAUUAGUCUACUCAGACCCCCCGGUCUGAGCGGCUGAGGGUUCGGCUGAUGCUGUGCGGUGACCCUCUGCUGCGCGGAGGAGGAGGAGGCGGUGGCAGCGGCCAGGAGCAGGCUUUGGCACUUAUGUGAGUCCUCAGCCAUGGCAGGGCCCAGUGGAUGUCUGGGCAUGGUUUUAAAAAGCUGGUUUGCCACAAUGGAACUGAAUCUUGUGAAAUAAAAGUAU